GCGCCGCGGAAACACGUUUUUCAGAACACCUGUCGGGGUUUCCCUCAAUCAAGCGCGUCGAGCCCCACCUGACAGUGACGUCAUCCCAGAACCCCGCCCCGCGCUCGCUGACGCGCUGGAUACAAACAGCGUAAUGUAUUGGGUCCGGAGAGCGGAGCGUUCACAUGGUCCACACAUGUUCCGACGCCUCGUUGAAGAUGAGAAAAGAAAUCGCGGCAGUGGUGUUUUUCCUCAUGAGGCUCGUCAGGAAGAGUGACAAGCUGAAGAAGGAGGAAGUGGAGAAGCUUGCAGAGAGGCUGACCGCCAUCCUGCACGACAAGUUCAGGGGUCACUGGUACCCUGACAACCCAGACAAGGGCCAGGCCUACAGGUGUAUCAGCAGGUUCCAGAGAGGAGACCCAGAGCUGCAGAGGGCCUGUGAGGAGAGCGGGGUGCAGUACCCUGACCUGGGCCUCCCCAAGGAGCUCACUGUGUGGGUGGACCCUGGAGAGGUGUGCUGCAGGUAUGGGGAGAAGAAUCACACCUUCACCAUAGUGCGCUUCUCCCGCGGCGAGGAUGACGACAGAGAGGACAUCACUAAGAGAGUGACGAGUGCUGUUGAUAAAGUCACUUCAGAUUACCACUCUGGAUCCUCCUCGGAGGAAGAGAGCAGCCCCAAAGAACCCCACAAGCCUGCUGCUCCACCACCAUACCUCUCCCUCCAAACCAUGUGCCAGGUGCCUGACUUGAUUUACCAGCCAGUCCCACCAGUGUGGCAGCAGUACCACAGGAAGAAGCCCAGCUUGUACAAGGGGAGGGGCCAGCCUCACUUUCAGUAUGGAUACCAGCAGCAGGGGAGGCUGUGCAAAGCGUUCCAGCAGACACACUGGGUUCUGCCCCGCCCCCUGGGGGGAGGGGCCACUGCUAGGGGCGUGGUGAGCUGAAGUGCUUCUGCAGAGUAAUGAAGAAAGGGUUCUGUGAACAGUCAGAAGAAGACCACGACCUUGGACCAAACUCUUGUGAAAUUAUUUUUGUAGUAAGUUGUUUAGGAUGAUUUUUGGUAAUUUAAAAAAAAACAACUGUUCUUGCACUUUAGAUACAUUGUAAUAGUAAUAUUAACACACAUAUAUAUAUAUAUAUAUAUAUAUAUAUAUAUGAAACAUGUUUUG